UGUUCGCGUACCUUUCAUUCAGUUCUCUCGCAUUUCGUCCCAGAGCCUCGUGCGACUUUCUCGAAGCGGUUCGUCGUUCCUUGGCAGGUUUGUUGCAUGAAUUUUCUAGCAUCGUGAAAUUCUCGACGUGGUGAUAAUAUGACAAGAGAGAUGAAUUGAGAAUUAGUAUAUUAUUUCCUGUAGCAACUGACACGCGACGAUCUUUCUCGUUUCGAAUCGCGGUGCUCUUUGGGUUGGGAAAUUAAGAAUAAUAACGGUUUCAUCGCGAUUCUACUCGAUCGAUUAGGAAGCGUAUAAUCGAUCGAAUAGUUUCGGAGCGAGUCUUGAUUCAAAUUCAAACGUCGAGAAAUAUCGACUUCUGUCACGUGACAACCAAACAAUUGGAACUUCAUCGCAACGACAUUUUUUUGUUGUACCGGCCUAACUUUAUCCACGAUGAUCUACGGAUUUACGUGACGAUAUAAACGAAGCGGGAAGAUAAUUAACUGUGUUUAGAAGAAAUUAAUAUUUCGUUCGAUAAAAUCGUGCGACAUGGAUGAUGAUAUGGAAGUAAUUGAAUCGGUGACCGAAGACGAGCCGGAGGAUGACGACUUAACCGCUCAAACUGUUUUGUUGGCAAUGGAAGAAGCAUGGUUAAAUGAAAAAUUCGCUCCUGAAAUUCUUCCCCAUCAGUCCGAUUUGGUCGACUGUAUGUUCCAACAAAUUACCCAUAUGGAAGACAACAUGAAAAGGUUAGAGAAAGGAGAUUUAAGGUUAAUGGUACAUAGGAUGGAGUUAGAUAGAAUCAAAUUUGUGGUGUCUAGCUACCUUAGGGCUCGAUUAGAGAAAAUCGAGAAAUAUACCGUUCAUAUACUCGCACAGGAGACGAAGAGACCCCGAGAAGAAUGUUAUCUAACACCCGCAGAGUUGCAAUUCGCUAAGGAGUUUCUUGCAAAUAUCGAAGUUCUUUUCAGGAAAGCCGUUUUGCAAUAUAUGCCUGGACCGUUCCAGGCAUUCGAAGUAAACAAGCUAUUGGUAAAGCCUAAUAUGCACGCGUACGUGUUUUUAAGGGCUAACCAGAAAAUUGAAGGGAUCGUGUUGCCUGGAUCGUUGGACCAAGAAGUAAAUUUUGAGCCAGGCUCCCAGCACAUUAUACAGUACAGUGCUGUUGCAAAUUUAGUUAAAAGCGGUGCUGUUCAGCUAAUUUAAUGUUUAGGAUAUAUUUCAUGAGAUUCAAUAAUAUACAGAAAGGUCAAUCGUGCCUAAGGAAAGAUAGCAUUUCGAUAUAUUGAAAGCCUUCCUGCAAUGUUUUGUAGGGAUGAAUCGACCCUUAUGACCUGAAAGUGGUUUGAGCCCGAUAGUCAUUAAGGGAUGAUCGAUUUAAUAAUGUACAAAAAAGAUCUCUUAAGGAACUGUGGUCGAGAGCGGACGCGUCGAAAACCGCUCCCACAAAUAUUACGAAUUUGUAAAUAUUUGUAAAUAAAUCGUUCUUGUUUGAAUAAAAAAAUGAAAGCAAUACUUUGCUAGAAUGAUUUUACACAUUCUACAAAGGAUUAUGGUAGAAACAUAUGUUUGUGUAUAUAAUUUAUUAUAAAACUUAAGAACAAUUACAAGAUGGUAUACAUAAUACUAAAAAAUCUCUGUAACAUUGUAAAAUGUUAUUCGCAAAAAUAUGCUUAUAGAAAUAAUCUUUAUAGCAACAUAUGAAAGCUACAUUUUUUCAAUGCAAGCCGUUAAAAAAA